AACAUGGAAAAUCCCGUGAUGAAAUACACGGAACUGGAAUAUAUUGGCAGAGGGACUUUUGGAGAUGUUUGCAGAGCACUUGACAAUGCCACAGGAGGGCAGGUGGCCAUAAAGAAAAUAAAUCUCCAAGAACUGAGGAAGAAGGAACUAAAAGUCAAUGAACUCAUGCUCAUGAAGCCAAAUAAGAAUCCCAACCUGGUCAACUAUUUAGACAGCUACCGUGUGGAUGGGCAACGCUGGCUGGUCAUGGAGUACAUGGACGGAGGCACUCUGAGCGAUGUCAUCAGCGAGACCCACCUGUCUGAAGACGAGAUGGCAGCCAUCAGUCGGGAGCCUCAACUCCUGAUAGCCAUACGAGGGACACCAAAGCUGCGGCAGCCCAACCGGUUCUCGUCUUCCCUGCGUAACUUCCUGAGGCACUGCCUGCGGACAGACGCGGCACGGCGCUGGUCUGCCAAGGAGCUCCUGCAGGAUGGGGCACCUACCAGCUCUAAGGACAACCUGUGCCAGUGUGGCACCAUGCUCCAACAUCCAUUUGUAACAUCAGCCAAGCCCGCGUCCACCCUGGUACCACUCAUCAACUCAGUGAAGAAGGAGAAGAAGAAGAAGACAAGAAUCUAA